CCUUAUGUGCACUGUGACAACAUUGAAACAGCUGCACGCCAGUAAGCAGUGUCACUUUCAGAGUAUCUCGCCAUGCAGGACUCGAGAUACGUCCCAAAUCCUCUCCGGCCAUAUUACGUCCCUCCAUCUAUUGGUACUGAUACACUGCCCAACACUUCCUCGGGUACCUCGAAAACCAACUCUCCAGGAACUAGUUUCGCGUUUCCCGACAUCGACUAUUCCGAGUACAUCUCUGAUACCUCGCCGUCUCUACCGGGAUCACUCAAAUCAGUAAUUGAUAGCGCGUUAUGGAAAUAUGCAAAUGUCGUGCUUGCGCAGCCAUUCGAGGUUGCAAAGCUGAUUCUGCAGGCACGCGUUGCACAAGAUGAGGAGGAGGAAGACAAAAAGCCGCAAAGGAGAUAUACAUAUGGUGAAGCAGAAGAGGAAGACGCGAACGAGCAUGACGACUAUGGCUACGAACAUUCAUCAGAUGACGAACCCAAUUAUUUCACGUCGACCGCGCCAUUUGAGCAAACGACAUCCCGUCGGUCGCCAGCUCGUGGUCGGCGCGGAAGGCCACCUCGGGAGACGGCAUCCUCACGAGUUCCUGAUCGCCAUCAACAAGCCGAUGUGCAAUUACACCUCAAGAAUCCUCAUUCUCUUAUUGAUGCACUGUCAUCUCUGUCGUCGAGUGGCGGAGCUUUGGCUAUGUGGCGGGCGACUAAUUCUACAUUUGUGUACAACAUCCUGACACGGACUCUUGAGACAUUCUUCAGAAGCUUUCUGGCAGCUGUCCUUGGAGUGGCAGAGAGUGACAUACUCAAUACGCCGGCAUCGGGAGCAAUUCCCGACAUCUCUAUUCUCACCUCUACCGCCCCGGUAGCCACCAUCAUGAUCAGCACGGCGGCGGCGGCGAUGUCUGCCCUUGUCCUUGCACCAAUUGAUGCCGCCCGUACUAGACUCAUCCUCACGCCUUCCAGUCAAGAGCCGCGGACACUACUCGGGACUCUACGGACACUGCCAACUCCAUACCUCAUACCCGGCCACCUCAUCCCUGUCACUUUCUUCAGCUCAACUCUGCCAACAUUGAUCUCUACAAGCACCCCGGUAUUCCUAAAGUCUUAUCUCGGGCUGGAUCCCGUCAUGAACCCCGCCACCUGGAGUGUCGCAACAUUUGUGGGAUCGGCAUUGGAUCUAUCGAUCAAGUUCCCAUUGGAGACUGUCCUCCGUCGAGCACAGAUAGCUACCUGGACAUCCCCAGCGUAUGCACCGCCUUCUUCAUCCUCCAAACGCAAAGCCAUCACGACCAUUGUUCCAGUACCGCAAUCUUACCGAGGGAUCCUACCGACCUUCUGGAGUAUCGCACGGGAAGAGGGUUACUCGGAGACACGAAAGGACAAAACUGCCGCGUUAAUGGGGAAAGCCCCAAGGCGGAAGAGGAAAGGACAGGGGAUUGAAGGCCUGUACCGCGGCUGGCGGGUUGGCUUGUGGGGAUUGGUUGGUGUCUGGGGAACCGCAUUUGUGGGAGGACUGCAAGGCGGCAGCGAGUUUGCAGCAGCAGAAGCUGGUUUGCACGGUGGUAAGUUUUGAUGAGGGGUCAAGCUGAUGCUCAAACAUUGUCACGGAGGGGACGCGAAUGUAAAUCUAAUGGUGGAUGAAGGUUGGGGACCGGGGCAUGUAGCACGGCGUUUCAGGCGUUGUAUGAGAUACCCAUACUCUUCUCCGUCACGAUAUCUGGGGGUACUUUUCCAUACCUACUUGAAUGUACAAAGACUGGCUGCUGUACUAUACCUACCUAUCUCGCUAUCUAGGUGAC